AUGGCUUUCACCGCACCCGCGAUUGGCUCGACCUUAUUCUCACGAAUUUUCCGUCCGUUCUCCACCAGCGCUCCGUUUCUCUCUUUAACACCUGAAUCUGCAUCGCGCAACAUGUCCAACGACACGCAAGUUGCCACGCUGGCUGCUGGAUGCUUCUGGGGCGUGGAGCACCUGUUCCGCAAGAACUUCGGUAAUGGGAAAGGUCUCCUAGAUGCGAAGGUUGGCUAUUGCGGUGGAUCGACGGCGUCGCCCUCGUAUCGGGCUGUGUGCACCGGAGAUACCGGCCAUGCCGAAGCGGUGCAGGUGACGUUUGAUCCCUCCAUCGUUACCUACCGUUCUCUUCUGGAAUUCUUCUACCGCAUGCACGACCCCACCACUCUGAACCGCCAGGGACCCGAUAUCGGCACUCAGUACCGUAGCGUCGUCUUCACCCACGGAGACGAGCAAGAGCAGAUCGCCAAGGAUGUAUCAGAGAAGGUGAGCCAGGAGUGGUACAAACAGCCUCUCUCCACUGUCAUUGUGCCUGCCGGCCAAUGGUGGGAUGCGGAGGAGUACCACCAGCUCUAUCUGAACAAGAACCCAACGGGCUAUGAAUGCCCUGCUCACUUUGUGAGAAACUUCCCGCCUCUUUCUGCCUGA